GCCAAAGGAAUGGUUGCCCGGCUCCACCACCGCACCCCUUGACUCCAAAGGCCGAGGUGCGGUCUCACUGCCAUCCCUGGAACAGAGCGGGGUGCUCGGCCUGCCGCUCAACGCAGGUAGUCCCUGCUUUACCGAACCAUGCACCUGGAGACACACGUCCCGAAGCGGCCCCCCAGGCCUCCCAGCAGCACCCCAUAAUGCCAUCCACCGGGACGUGGGAGGCGGCGGUGGCGGCAACAGCAGAGGCGUCGGUGGCAGCAGCAGCUCUGCCCCAAUAUAGAGACAUCCAGAAAGAGGAGGAAAAUGGCUCCGAGCAGGGACCGCCUGCUGCACUUUGGGUUCAAGGCGACAAUGUUCUCAAAUAGUGAUGAAGCUGUAAUCAAUAAAAAGCUUCCCAAAGAACUUCUAUUACGGAUAUUUUCUUUUUUGGAUGUCGUUACCUUGUGUCGCUGUGCUCAGGUCUCCAGGGCCUGGAAUGUUCUGGCUCUGGAUGGCAGUAACUGGCAGCGAAUUGACCUGUUUGAUUUCCAGAGGGAUAUUGAGGGCAGGGUAGUGGAGAAUAUUUCAAAACGAUGUGGAGGCUUUUUACGAAAGUUAAGUCUUCGUGGGUGUCUUGGAGUAGGAGACAAUGCAUUAAGGACCUUUGCACAGAACUGUAGGAACAUUGAAGUGCUGAAUCUAAAUGGAUGUACAAAGACUACAGACGCUACAUGUACUAGCCUUAGCAAGUUCUGUUCCAAACUCAGGCACCUUGACUUGGCUUCCUGUACAUCAAUAACGAACAUGUCUCUAAAAGCUCUGAGUGAGGGAUGUCCACUGUUGGAGCAGUUGAACAUUUCCUGGUGUGACCAAGUAACCAAGGAUGGCAUUCAAGCCCUAGUGAAGGGAUGUGGGGGUCUCAAGGCCUUAUUCUUAAAAGGCUGCACUCAGCUAGAAGAUGAAGCUCUCAAGUAUAUAGGUGCACACUGUCCUGAACUAGUGACUUUGAACUUGCAGACUUGCUUGCAAAUUACAGAUGAUGGUCUUAUUACUAUAUGCAGAGGGUGCCAUAAGUUACAGUCCCUCUGUGCUUCUGGCUGCUCCAACAUCACAGAUGCCAUCCUGAAUGCUCUAGGCCAGAAUUGUCCACGGCUCAGAAUAUUAGAAGUAGCAAGAUGUUCUCAGUUAACAGAUGUGGGCUUUACCACUCUUGCUAGGAAUUGCCAUGAACUUGAAAAGAUGGACCUGGAAGAGUGUGUUCAGAUAACAGAUAGCACAUUAAUCCAACUUUCAAUACACUGUCCUCGACUCCAAGUAUUGAGUCUGUCUCACUGUGAGCUGAUCACAGAUGAUGGAAUUCGUCACCUAGGGAAUGGGGCCUGUGCCCAUGACCAGCUGGAGGUGAUUGAACUGGACAAUUGCCCACUAAUCACAGAUGCAUCCCUGGAGCACUUGAAGAGUUGUCACAGCCUUGAGCGGAUAGAACUCUAUGACUGCCAGCAAAUCACACGGGCUGGAAUCAAGAGACUCAGGACCCAUUUACCCAAUAUUAAAGUCCACGCCUACUUCGCACCUGUCACUCCACCCCCAUCAGUAGGGGGCAGCAGACAGCGCUUCUGCAGAUGCUGCAUCAUCCUAUGACAAUGGAGGUGGUCAACCUUGGUGAACUGAGUAUUUAAUGACACUUCUAGAGUUACCGUGGAGUCUCUCCAGUGGAAGCAACCCCAGUGUUCUGGGCAAGGGUUACAAAGUGAGGGCAGUGUCCAGAUCUCCAGAGCCACACAUACACACCUUCAUCCCCAUCCACUCACACUUUGUGACCAUGAGACUGAAGUUUAUUCUGGCUUUGUCCAGUGGAUUGGUAAAACUUAACCAUUCCUGUUGGAGGUGCCCAGAAGAAAACCAUAGGCCAAGGUGGAGGGAGGGGGCAUUCCAGCAAACCCAGUGUUACUGCUGCUGUGGUUUCUUUACUUUGUCAAAGGGUUUCUUUGGGGAUUUUGGUAUAGCAACUGCAGUCCUCCAGGGGCAAGAAAAGCAUGGAAAAACAAUAUAUGAUAUCCAGGGACCAGAAGAAAAUUUCUUUGUAUCCUAGAAAUGGUAGCCAUCUAUUGUGACUACAGAGCUUCUGUGCUUCCUUGUUUCCAUGCCAACAUGCUGAGCAUGCUCACAAAGAAGGUUUGUCCAUUCCUCUUGUAUUUUGGUAUUUGGCCCAGCGGUUUCCUAAUGGUUGCAUUGAAAUCUCUGUGGUCCAAAUGUGAUUACUUAUUCACUCAAAUUGUCACUGUCUGUAGCGCAUGUUGUGCACUUGUCUUCCAUUCUCUGUUGCUCCCUGCCACACUCUUGCUCAGUCUGUCACCUUUUCAUAGUCUGCUUAUUCACACUCAGUUGUUACUCUUUCGCUGUUGUGUUUACAGUUUGCAUUUUGGAUAAUUAGUUGGGGUUACCGAACAUUUAUAAAAGACAUUAUCAAUAAAUAUUUUUUUAAUUCUAAAUUUUA